GCUUGACCGCAGUUCCCAUGUGCUGCGUUAAAAAAAAAAAACAUCCUGAAUUUGCACCGUAGGUGCAGAAUCCUGUUCACAAAAGUGUUGUGAUCACCUUGUGAAAAUGUGUGCAAGAAGGACAGCAGAGUACGAGGAGGACCUUUGUGCACCAAAAGACGAGAAGGAGCCACGUCGUCAACUACUGGACGCUGUGUUCAAUCUGCAGCCCCGAACUGUGCUACGCAGAGCAGAACUCAGUGAAGGUCUUCGUCCUGAGCAGCAGGCGCCAGAGCCUUCUCACAUUAAAGAGGAAGUGGAGUCGCAGUCCUCUGACAUGAAAAAAGAGGAAGAUGAAGAGCGCCUCCACAUCAAGGAGGAGGAAGAAGAGCCCCCCCACAUCAAACAGGAAAAAGAGGAAGGGCUUUUCACCAAGUUGCCAUGGACUGGUGUCCCUUUGAAGACUGAAGAUGAAGUUCAAAGUAAGGCAAGCAGAGGGGCAGAGCGUGCAGGCAGCAGCUCAAGUCAACACAUGACAACAGAAGGUGAUGGAAACCACUGUGGAGGAUCACAAGCAGACGGCCUCUUAGCUCCACUAUCAGAUAGUGACGACCUAAGGUCACACUCUACUGACGAUGAUGCUGAGCAGUCGGAAGGUGAUAUGACAUGUCACACUGACAACAAACGAUGGAAAUGUCCUCAGUGUGGGAAAACUUUUGCUUCUAAGAGGAAUUUGAAACGACACAUGACAAUACACACUGGCGAGAAGCCUUUUGCCUGCUCCGAUUGCGGUCAAAGAUUCUCUGAGAAGGGAAACUUAAAAACACACACAAGAAAACACACUGGUGAGAAACCUUUUCCGUGCACAGAUUGCGGUCAAAGAUUCAUUUGCAAGGAAAGCUUUAAAAUACACACAAGAACCCAUACUGGUGAGAAACCUUUUGCCUGUUCAGAUUGUGGUCGAAGUUUCUCUCGGAAGGGAGACUUAAAAAAACACACAAAAAUCCAUACUGGUGAGAAACCUUUUGCCUGCUCAGUUUGUGGUCAAAGAUUCUCUGUAAAGAGUAACUUAAAAUGUCACACAAGAACCCAUACUGGUGAGAAACCUUUUGCCUGCUCAGUUUGCGGUCAAAGAUUCUCUGUAAAGAGGAGCUUAAAAUGUCACACAAGAACCCACACUGGUGAGAAACCUUUUGCCUGCUCAAUUUGUGGUCAAAAAUUCUCCCAGAAGGGAAACUUAAAAAUCCACACAAGAACCCACACUGGUGAGAAACCGUUUGCCUGUUUAGUUUGUGGUCAAAGAUUUUCCCAAAAUGGAAUCUUAAAAACACACACACUAACCCACACUGGUGAGAAACGUUUUGCCUGCCCAGAUUGUGGUAAAAGAUUCUCUCGGAAGGGAGACUUAAAAAUACAUACAAGAACCCACACUGGUGAGAAACCUUUUUCCUGUUCAGUUUGUGGUAAACAAUUCUCCAUUAAGGGAAGCUUAAAAUCACACAAAAAAGCACACACUGGAGAGAAACCUUUUGCUUGCUCAAUUUGUGAUCAAAGAUUCUCCAGAGAGGGAAACCUAAAAACACACACAAGAAUCCACACAGGUGAUAAGCCUUUUACCUGCUCAGUUUGUGGUCGAAGAUUCUCUCGUCAGGAUAGGGCCAAGACGCACAAGUGUGCAGGUGACAAUCGUGGUGCUCAAGAAGCUUUAUAUGUAAAUGCUGGGUUAUUUGAUUAGCUUCCAUUCACAGAAUAAUUUCUGAAAAGCAACAAAGGAUGAAGCCUACCAUUAAGGCGUAGGGUGACGCCAGGGCUUAUUAUGCCUCCGGCGGGCUUUCCAAAACAAAAACAUAGUUCAGCAAAAAAAAAUCCUCAAAAGCACCAACACAAAUUUCAACAUCUCACAGAGUGGAAUUAAAUUGGCACUAGAAAACAAAAACAUUUUUUUUUUUUUUUUUUAACUAACAAGAAGCAAGCGUUGCAGAAAUUUGUACCGGAAGUCAAACUCACACAAAAGUUACAAUGUUAAUCCAAGUUAUUUUGUUUAUAUCGGCAUUAUAUAUUUUUUCGGUACUUUAGUUUUCAACAUACUUGUAAAAAGUGUAAGCGAAGCACACAUUUUCAGGUCAUUGUCCUCGCCAAUCCAGAAAGUAACACUUCUAACAGAGACACGUCUUUGUUUUGUAUUGGUUCUUGUCUUGUGCUUUCUUUAGAGUACCAGUUCCCCUUAGAUCAUCCAACUCACUGAUUUCAAAUCGAUUUUGAAUACCGCAGUGAAGUUACUUCUUGCAUCCAUUGUUAUUAUUUUGGGGAUUAUUUUAUUGUACAUUAUUUGUGCUAUUGCGUUAUUAUACAAAGUCAUAGAAUUUUAAAUGGAUGAAAAUGCAUUUGUCAUCAAUGAAUGAUUCUUAUAGCUCUUUUCUGUAACUUAAAAAUUGGGAGCGUAUUGGUUCGUAUGGGUUUCCCCCUAUCUCAACACCGUAAGUCACGCGUGGAAGUAAUAGUGAGCAGUAAAGUGUGCCGUAUGUAACGAUUUCAUAGACAGAACAUCGUUGAUUUGUUUUCUUACAUUGCCGAUACAUGGCUUCCAACAGAGCUUGGGAUCGAUAAUCAUGCCAAGAAAUGUAUUAUUAUAUACUUUUUCUAUCUCAAUGGAAUGUACAGUGGUUUUAACCUGAUGUCUUAUUUGUUUAGUGCCCAAAAUGAUCAAUUUUGUUUUUUUAAAUUGAAUGGUGGUUUAUUUAUAUUAAACCAGACUCAAAUGAAUUGUCGGCCGGGCAUAUUGUGAAGAGCAAUAUUGUUUCGGGGGGCUGGUGAUCAGUUUGGCUUCAACAUUAGCACGUAUUACCAAAUGUUUUGGGGGGGGCUUGCGAACAUUUUAGGUGGCCUUAAACUAAAACAUCUCAACCCUAAAAUAGGCCCGACGACGCCACUGGAUUACAGAUUUAUCUGAAUGGUUGUACUAGUCGCCCUAUGAUACUUUUCACUAAUACAAAUAUCAAUAUCAAAACAAUCUGGAUUUUUUUAUUUUUUACAAUAUCUAGUAGUUAUAAUUUAGACCUUUUAAUAAACAGGAUUUUAUAUAUAUAUAUAUAUAUAUAUAUAUAUCUUGGCACUGGUAUUUCUUUUGCUCGGUCACAACCAAUUUGGACAAAAAGUUAUUAAAUUAGCGAUAUCUCAUUUUUUUCA